AUGGGUGACCCUGCGACUUAUGCACACUGGGUAGAGCUAGAUUUGCUCUUAAAGGAGAAGUACCCAAACAUUUCGCAGCAUGAGGCCUACAAAAAGCUUGUCGAUGAAUCGGAGGCUGUGAAAUUCAUUGAUCAGGCAGCCACAAGAUGCUGUGAAGAUUUGAAACAGGCUGUCGCUGAUGCAAACCCAGAUUGCGUCACAGAAGCAUUAGGUGGAAUCCUAUGGGUAACUGGCAAAUGCCUCAAUCAGCCAGGCAUACAGAAAGCAGGAGAACUCCUCUACGGCAGCCGCUUGGUUUCUCAAGCCAUUUCCAAGGUUCAGCAAUUAUGGAAUCCUAAAAUUAUCGAAGCGACCGUUGCGGGCCCCUCUCAUGUAACACCCCUCAGUACUGAGGCUGCAGCUGCAUCUGUCAGUUUAUCGAAAACAGGCGGGAGCAUAUCUGCCAGUCCAGCACAGACAGUGGUGCAGCCAUGCAAUGGGGUCGAUAUCAUAAAUAACUCCCUCGUCGAUCACAUCAACUACUACGGGCGCUGGCAGCUGGGAAUUGCGGCGGUUCAGCUUGCGCAAGGAGAACGAGUGAUUAAAAAGUUGAAGUCUAUCGAGCGUGAACUCGGAGAGAGUAACUCUCUCACAGUCUCCGGGGCCACUGGACCCGAUGGUUUUGCUCAGCCAGUUUACGAUUUCAUCGUGAGGUGUAUCAACAAGGCUCAUGGUGGCGAUCGUCGGAAGCUUGAUAACCAUCGCUUUUUUGUCUUUCACCCUGGAACGACUUGGUAUGGGGCAUUUGAGCGACUGAUCUCGCGCAAUCCUCUUCCGCCUCAAUUCUGUGCCAAGUCAGACAACUUGGACAAGAUUUGCCAGUUCAUGCAGGAAUAUAGGGAAAGUCUAAUCAGAAAGUCAGAUCACGCAAAAGAGCUUGUUUUUCACCUGCUUAUGCCCACCUGGUAUCAUACAUCUUACCCAGAGCCAUUGCAUUUUCCGGAAUGUCUCUAUCCAUUACACGUCGAGGGAGAAACGUAUAAAGACAAAGAUCUCGUGACAUUGAACCUCCCAGCAGCACCCGAUGGGCUCCUAGUUGAUGUUUCAAACGUCACAGAUCCAAACAACUGGUGUCAGAUAGCGCAAACUAUCUCAGGUAUCUCAACAGCAGUCACAAUGGGCUGGGGUGUCAAUGGGGCCUGUCUCGCGGCAGGUGUCGGUGCGGGUAUCUUAACAGGAUUAGGGCCAUUCAUCAUGAUUCCUGUCUGGGCAGGUGGAUUUGCCACGCUUGGGAUGAAGCUAGGACCAAAAGUCGACCGUUUUAUGGAGGAAAACGUCUAUUACAAUCUCUGCGAACAAGACCCAAGAAUUUUAGGGUCGACUGCGCGGUUUCAUAUCAGAAGAUGGCAGAGACAUUGA